UCUCCAUCUCUACUUUGACUUACCAGCUUGAGCCUUCCAGCAAUGGAUCAUGGACCAACAGCAGAUGCCAAAGGUACUGAUGGGAAUGUACAAACAGAAGAAACUGCUCUCUUGAACCAUUGCACUCAGCAACCUCCAGAACCAACAGCAGGGUCUUCAAUACCUGCAAGAACAUGGAGGCAAAUAUUUGCUUGUCCUCCUCAGGGUUUAAUGGCCCGAGCAGUGACAAAUGUUGCAUUUGUGGUCCUGGUUUGGGCUGUGGUUUGGUCCAUAACUGGGGCUGAGUGUCUCCCAGGUGGAAAUCUCUUUGGAAUUCUGUUUCUUUAUUUCUUUGCUGUCAUCGGAGGUAAAAUUUUUGGAUUCAUUAAAAUACGAACACUACCCCCUCUCCCUGCUCUUCUGGGGAUGCUACUUGCUGGUUUCCUAAUCCGAAAUACCCCAUUCAUCAGUGACUUUGUCCAGAUAAAGCUACGCUGGUCUGCAGCACUGAGGAAUAUUGCUCUUUCCAUUAUCUUGACCCGAGCAGGACUUGGCCUGGAUCCAAAGGCUCUUAAGAAGCUCAAAGCUGUCUGUUUACGGCUCGCUUUCGGACCGUGCCUCUCAGAAACAGGCACAGCUGCUGUCCUUGCCUACUUGCUCCUGCCUUUGCCAUGGCAAUGGGGAUUUAUAUUAGGUUUUGUUCUAGGUGCAGUCUCCCCUGCUGUGGUGGUUCCCUCCAUGCUGAUUUUACAAGCUGGGGGAUAUGGGGUGGAGAAGGGUGUCCCAACUUUGCUGAUGGCAGCUGGCAGCAUCGAUGACAUUCUGGCUAUCACAGGCUUCAACACUUGCCUUGGGAUGGCUUUCUCCUCCGGUUCUACUCUGUACAAUGUGCUCCGUGGAGUGCUGGAGGUCGCUGUUGGCAUAGCAGCUGGGGGAAUUCUGGGAAUGUUUAUUCGAUACUUCCCAAGCCAUGACCAGGCAUCUUUGGCAUGGAAGAGAUCAUAUUUUGUACUUGGACUGUCCAUGUUUGCUGUUUUUGGCAGCAUCCACUUUGGCUUCCCUGGAUCAGGAGGGCUCUGCACAUUAGUCUUAGCUUUUGUUGCAGGUGUGGGAUGGUCUGAUGAAAAGAGGGAAAUAGAAAAAAUUGUGGCAGUUGCAUGGAAUAUCUUUCAACCUUUUCUUUUUGGUUUAAUUGGAGCAGAAGUAUCUGUUACAUCUCUUAGGCCUGAAACUGUUGGGCUCUGUGUUGCUAUAUUAGGCAUUGCCCUAGUUGUGCGAAUCAUAGCAACGUUCCUGAUGGUGUCUUUUGCUGGGUUUAAUUUCAAGGAGAAGCUGUUUGUCUCACUGGCAUGGAUUCCCAAAGCCACUGUCCAGGCUGCAAUAGGUUCUCUUGCCCUGGAUACAGCAAGACGACAUCAAGAUGAGCAACUGGAAAAGUAUGGAAUGGACGUUCUUACAGUAGCUUUCUUGGCUAUCUUGAUCACUGCUCCAGUUGGAGCCCUGGUUAUCGGCUUGGCAGGGCCCAGACUUUUGCAGAAGGCUCAGACAAAUAGCAAGGAGGAUGAGGAAGGUGCAGAGGUUGGAGAAGAGGCAGAGGCCUGAACCUUCAUAAGACAGACAACUACAGUAGUCUGGUCCUUCAACCCUGACACUUUUGUUGAGUAAAAAUGGCAUGUCUCUAAUCUUGCUGGAGGAACUUAAAACUAUCAGUUACCCCUGCUAUUUUUAAAGCAGCUCUGGUGGAGUUCUAUAAAAUAUUUUUUUGUGAUGAUGGUGCCUUGAGAUGAAAU